ACGUUGGAGAAUCGUGCUUGCCUCACAUUUUGUAUCAAACUUCAACACUAUAAAGUUACAACAUUUUUCUACACUCCCCAUAACAGGAAUUCAUAUAUAAAUUUCAAAAUUAAAAAAAUGGCCACCAAAUCAGCACUAAUCGUCUUUCUUGCUGUGCUUAGCUUCGGCCAUUGCUGUUAUGGCCAACUUCAACAAGGAUUCUACAAGGACUCUUGCCCAAGCGUCGAAGCCACCGUAUUUAAAGUUGUUAAAGAGGCAUUCAUAAAUAAUUCAACCAUUGCACCCCAAAUGAUCCGGCUCUAUUUUCACGAUUGUUUUAGCAACGGUUGCGAUGCAUCGCUUCUUCUGGAUGGUCCGAACACUGAGAGGAAGGCGUCGCCAAAUCUAAGUGUACGAGGAUAUGAACUGAUAGAUGCCGUUAAAACUGCUCUCGAAAAAGAAUGCGAAGGAGUCGUUUCUUGUGCUGAUAUCAUAGCUCUCGCGACUAGAGAUCUUGUUUUUCUUGCAAGCGGAGAGAAAGCAAGAUACGAGAUACCAACGGGACGAUUUGAUGGUAGGGAAUCAUCGGCGACGUCAGUGGUAUUGCCGUCUCCUCAAAUGAGUGUCUCCGACACCUUUAAAAUGUUCCGUGAUAAAAACCUUAGCCUUAACGAUAUGGUUCUACUUCUUGGUGGACAUACAAUUGGAGUAACGCAUUGUUCAUUCAUUAUGGACCGGCUAUAUAAUUUUAAGAAUACGCAAAAACCUGACCCAUCUAUGGAUUCUGGAUUGGUCCAAACGUUACAACAAAAAUGUCCUAAGAAUUCACCAACUGAUGGAGCCAUUGAUCUUGAUCAAGAUUUUACGAGCUCGAAAACUGUCGAUGCAUCUUACUACAAGCAGAUAAAAUCUCGCCGAGGAAUUCUUCAAAUCGAUCAACAACUCGCCAGUGAUGAGUUGACGAGUAAAGUGGUGACGGAUUUAGCCAACGGCGGUGACUUCUUGGGUAUGUUUGGUAAGGCGAUGGUGAAUUUGGGAUCGGUGCUAGUUAAAGACAAGAAAAACGGGGAGAUCAGAAAAACGUGUCAAUCUUGCAAAAAACUGUUUUGCAUGCCCUAAAACUUCCCGCCGUUUUUUUUUUUUUUAAUUAUGUGUUGACAUUUUCGAUUUUUUGUUUCUUUUCAUUUUGUCAUUUAUUUAUUUUGGAUUUGCGGGUGUGAAUUAAAUUCUACUGUUAUGGC